UUGACAGAGUAUAUUCAAAUUAAUCAUUUAGAAAAAUUGCACAUAUUUAUAUUUAUGUUUAUGUAGUAAAAGUGUAAUGUGUAAGUAUACGAGGGAUGAUAAGAGGAGUUGGAGAAGCCUGUAACAAGUGGCAAAUGGGUGGAGCUUUAAUGAUACAAGUUAAAUAUUGGACUAAUAGAAGUUCAUUACAAUUCCUGCAUGUUUAUUUCAUUUGAAAAGCUACUAUAAUAAUUAUUGCCUAUGAUUUUACAAUGUGCGAUAUCGUAAAUGGCUCGUAUGGGAAAUCACUUUGAUAACUGGAAUUCAAUUAUCGCAACGUCACUUUUUGAGAUUGGCAUCAAGUUUCAAAAGCGUACGCAUUAAAAUGACGGACGAAUUAGAAAGUUCUCAACAAAAUAAUGAAGUUGUAGAUUAUGGUGACAUAGGUGUAGACGAUGAUGAAGGCUCGGAUGGUGUAAUUGUGCCUGAACUCCAAGGAAAUUUAUCAAAGUGGACCAACUACAUACAUGGAUGGCAAACUCGAUUUAUUGUUUUGAAAGAUGGCACACUAUCUUAUUACAAAUCUGAACAAGAUAGUGGAUUUGGAUGUCGAGGAUCUAUUAGUCUUUAUAAAGCAGAUAUAAAGGCUCAUGAAUUUGAUGAAUGUAGAUUUGAUGUAUCGGUAAAUGAUUGCUUGGUUUGGUAUUUAAGAGCGAAUCAUCCGGAAGAAAAGCAGCGUUGGGUAGAUGUUUUAAAAUCAUAUAAAGCUGAAUCUGGAUAUGGUAGUGAAAAUAGCUUAAAACGUCACGGCAGUGCUAUAUCUUUGAUAUCAAAUACACAAUCUACAGCGAGUGCUGGUAGUUUCAGCAAACGAGGAGUCAGGGGAUUAAAAGAGAAGUUGGCGGAAAUAGAAACAUUUAAAGAUAUAUUGUUACAGCAAGUGGAUACACUCCAAAAAUAUUUUGAUGAUUGUGCAGAUAAUGUCAAAAACUUACAAAAUAAAGGUCGAAUAUCCAAUGAUAAAGUUGAUGACAUUACUUUUGACCCAGCUGAACAGGCGAUUGACUUCAAAGGUGAAGCUAUUACUUUCAAGGCCACAAGUGAAGGUGUAAUAGCAACAUUGCAGCAUUGUGUUGACUUGAUGGUGCAACGUGAGGAUGCUUGGCGUAAACGUUGGGAGAAAGAAAUGGAAAAAAGACGAAAAUUGCAAGAAUUUUGUAGGUCACUAAAAGAACAAGUCACAUUAAAUGGCGGUAUUUCUGGAAGACCACGAGUAGUUAUUCAUGGUGGACCUGAUUAUGAAGAAGGACCACACAGUGCAUUAUGCGAUGAAGAGUUUUAUGAUGCAAUGGAAACAGGUCUUGACAAAAUUGAUGAAGAAAAUGAAAUAAAAGAUCGAUUGAAACAAAAAUCAGUUGUGAUCCCAACAACUCCUACAACACCAGCUAUUAAGCAUAGACUCUGGCCUGAGAUAAAUAGGAUAACAUUAGAGCAAUUGCAUUAUGCUCGAUUAGGAGUAGGUGCUGGUAGCUGGCAGUUGUUUGCUGAAGAUGGAGACAUGAGAAUGUAUAGGCGGGAAGAAGAGGCCAAUGGCUUGGUAGUCGAUCCUUUGAAAGCAUGUCAUGUUGUAAAAGGUGUUACUGGUCACGAAGUUUGUAAAAUAUUUUUUAGUCCUGAAUAUCGAAGUGGUUGGGAAGCCACUUUAGAAGACAUGACAGUGAUAGAAAAUAUAUCUAAGGAUACUUUAGUUUUUUUACAAACUCAUAAGCGAAUUUGGCCUGCAAGUCAAAGAGAUGCUUUAUUUUGGUCGCAUAUGCGUAAAGUACCGGAUGCACAAGACUUAUGGAUUGCUUGUAAUCACAGCACAGAACAUGCAGAUUAUCCACCAAAUGCUGGAAAAUGUGUUAGGGUAUAUUUAACAGUUUGCCUCGUUUGCCAAACACUUAUUGACCCACCAAAACAAAACGAAUUAAUUAAAAGAGAGGAUAUUACUUGCAAAAUAACUUAUUGUUCAGUUGUUAAUCCCGGUGGAUGGGCUCCUGCAUCAGUUCUUCGUGCUGUCUAUAAGAGAGAAUAUCCGAAAUUUCUUAAGCGCUUUACUAAUUUUUGUAUUGAUCAAUGCAAAGAUAAGCCAAUUGUAUUCUAAAGGUUACUGUUGACACUUACUAAUCCUUCCGUGCAACAAUGAAGCACAAUAUUGUAUUAGAAGAUUGCCUACAUGUUACAAUAAGCUAAUUAUUUUAUAUGUACGUUAUAUUUUUAAUUUCGUGUUUUGAAAUUAUUUUCCGGUUUUUAUGAUAUUAUAAAAGUUGUACGUACAAUUUACUGUUUUGUCAAAUAUGAUUGACAUUUACAAUUAAUGCACCAGUUAUACACAUUUAACGGCUAAAUUGUCGUUUUUGUACAUAAGCAGACACACGGAAAGACAUAUUCUAUCCUUGACUGUUGUAACUUUUUUCAUGUAAAACGUCGGUAUGACGCCCAGUUGUACAAAUUUCCUGAUUGAAUCAUACAUGCACUAUAUUUACCUAUUGUUACACUUUGACAUAUUCGAUAAAUUGUAUUAUAACAUAUUGUGAUUAAAUAUUAAAUUGUUAUUUUUAUUUAUAUAAAAAAAAUAUGUAUAUCGGUGUGAAGAACAGAUCGAAAAUAUGGAAUCUAAUAAAGACUGUUAGCCUAUUGCUUACUUUUAUAUAGAAAAA